AUGCCUAAGAAUCCGCUCAAGAACUUUGCCCGUCGCAAAUCGUCUGGAAACAUCCUCGACCUCCCUUCGGAGUCCACAUCACCCCCACCCGCCUCGUCCAGCUUUCGUGUCCUUGAGAGACCCGACAAGACAGCUACAGCGGGCAACGGCGGAUACCCUGGAGGUCCUGUGAAACGGACAAGCGGCGGGCGGCCAGCUUCGAGCAUCCUCCUGAACAGGAAAUCGGGCAAGUCGCAGGAGGACUUGAUCGCAAGCGCAAACAGGUCGGUCCUUGAAAAGAGCCAUGCUCGGUCACACACAGUCGACGGAGUGCUAAAAUUGGGCAGGGGUAGUGGCGGAACAGCCCUCUCGGGUUCUUCGGGCUACUUUGACAACUCGUCGUCCUCUGCACGCUACAGCUCUUCGUCCACUCUUCCCUCUUCAAUCGAGGCGGAACACGAAGCAGACAACGAGGACCUUUUCCCUCGAAAAGCAACUGCCAACGGCAACAGCAACCUAAGCAGCAAUCGUUCUUCAGCCGCAUCCAACGCACUUCCCGAGCCACCGUCAUUCACGGCCCGCGCAGGCAGGGCUAUGUCCUUUGGUUUGAGAAGCAAGCACAGCGCUAGCCCCGGUACCAUGACUGCUGCCACAGCUCACAUGCCUGACCUGCCCGAGAAUAGUUUGAUUCGUGAUCGCGCAACAACAAUGAGCAGCAACGCCAGCACUGCCGUACCGCCGAGGCUCGAUGCCAACUUGGGUUCCAUGUCAGAUUUUGGCAGCGACUUUGGCAUGAACAUGUUCGAAGGACUGAGCUCACCCAAANGGGUAGCACCGCCGCAACCUGCAUACGAAAACUACGGCAGAUCGGUACGUCGACAACAAUCACCAGGCUUCAACAAUUACAGCAACACUUACCAACAUCAUCCUUCUCAACAGGCAUCUCAGCCCCUGCCCACCGCUCCUAUCGCCCGUCAUGAGCCCACUCCAUCACCCGAGGCCGAACCCGAACCUGAAUCCGAGGCAGAGCCUGAGACUCGUCGCAGACCAGCAAAUUUGUCUGCUGCAUCAGCAAACCGUUACUCAUGGGCCAGCCGAACUUCCAACGACGGACUGAUGUCUCCAGCCCAAGGCUCCGAUAUCUCUUCUCCUCCUCUGAAUCCUCCCUCGACUUUUUCUCGUUUCAGACCUGGUUACCAAGCCGUUCCUGACCGCUAUGGCUCGCCCGCCAAUGAACCCGAGCACGAAAGACGCAACAGCUAUUCUAGUGAAGAUGACGUUUCCCAUCCUAUCUCCAGGGCAAGAUCGCCUCUAGUUGAGUCGUACACAGCAACCACAUCCCCGCAGAAAGCCACGCCAGCCAACCGAAACCCAACCAUCACGGCAGUCAGUAAAGAUGACUCGAACUCGGUUUCAGCAGGCGAAUCUCAGCACACAACUCCUCGGGCUAACAAUUUGCGUCCCACAAGCAACAUGUUUGACCACUCCCCUAACGGCCCUACUAGCCGUGCCAUGCAUCCCGCAGCUGCCCCAGUUGCUCCCAGAAGCCAGUCUGGACAACUCUCCNCCACCAAGAGAAUGACAAGAAAGGAGUUUGAGGCCCAACGUAAAGAGAUGAGUCCCGAAGAAAGUGAAGAAUCCGAAGAAUCCGAGGACGAAGGCUAUGAUGACGAUGAUGAGGCUGAACGUCAAGCAGAGCUUGCUCGCCAGAGGCGCAAGCAGNAGGCCAACAUGUCUGUAUACAGACAGCAAAUGAAGAAGGUCGCAGGAGGAAACCCAGCCGAGCUUCCAUCGCAAAACGGCCGCCCAAGCCUGGAUCGUGCUUCGUACAGCGCACCUGGUCUCACUAGGGAUUUCUCCAACGUCAGCCUUGGUGCAGAGCAAGAGGAGGAGGACGACGAAGUCCCUCUAGGUAUCCUUCAGGCUCACGGCUUCCCUAACAAGAACCGUCCCCCGACUCGCCUUUCGAGCGCUCCUCCAACUCCUGGAGUUGCCGGAUCGGUUGUCAACGGCGGUAUGNGGGGUGGUAGCCUUCCUGUCUUUGCUCGCAAUCUUCCUGCAGAUCCCUACUUUGGUGCUGGUCUCGUCAAUCCUGCCAAUCGCGAGUCACUUGCUUUCGGUUCUGGCGGCUCAGUGUACGGUGGAGCAUCUCCUUCCAUGAAUCAACUGCCUCAAAUGCCUCAGAUGAUGCCUCCACAGCAAAUGCCUGGCAUGCCCCAGGCAGGAGGCGGCCUUGUUGGUGUCAUUGCUGGUGAAGAGCGUGCUCGCGCCGCCAGACGUGUCAACCACAACGGCGGUGCUGCUUUCAACGCGAACGGUCUUCCUCUGCCUGGAAACAUGCACAACAACAUGCCCCAGAUGAUGCCGCGUUCAAACUCGAUGAUGAGCAUGGCUCCACCACAAAUGGGCAUGGGUGGCUUUAUGCCGCAAAUGCCUCAAAUGCCCCAGAUGCCUCAGAUGAUGGGCGCAGAGCAACAAAACCAGCAGCAAAUGAUGCAAUUGAUGUUCCAACAGACUCAGAUGAUGCAACAGAUGAUGGCGAUGCAGGGUGGUCAAAUGCCCCAGAUGCCUUAUAUGCCUCAGAUGAACAAUGGCUACCCCAACAUGCUACCAAAUGGAAUGCAAAGACCCAUGUCUAUGGGCGGUCCCAAUGGUCAGCAACCUGGUAUGCUUGGUCCCCAGGGUCCUGUUCCCCACCAGCAACAGAGAUCGAGCACAAUGACCAACUUGAAGCCGCCGGGCUACGCUGGAUCAAUGUACGACUAUAGUCUUAGCGCACCUCGUGGAGGCUACACUCCCUCCAUCGCACCUAGCGAGCGUAGCAACGUGGGCAUGCCAUCUCGCUAUCGCCCUGUGACUAUGGAAGGUUCCACUAGUCGCACUGCAAGCAUGACUUCGCAGUCGGGCAUUCAAAAUUUCGCGAAGAAGAACGCUUCGAAUGGUUCUUUCUUGAACCCCAAUAACAUCCCUGCAAACAACGCUGGCAACGUACCGCGGACUACCAUUAAAGUUAUCGACAAGCCCAAGGGCUCGCCAAGAUCGCCUCAACCCAGACCCGACGAGGAGGAUGAUGACGAAGGCUGGGCACAAUUGCGUAAGAAGAGAGAAGAGCGCAAGAAGCGCGGCACCGCCGGCAAAACCCAGGAGCAGACUCUGGAAGAGCUGUACCAGGGCUUCAACUAG